UCUCCUCCUGAACACACAACCCGGGUCACUCGGGUACUACCCAGCAAAACACAGGACUUUGAGAUACUCUGAAAACAGCCGACGGUCGCCGGAUUACUGAUAAGACAACUCUUUUUUUUUUUUUUUUUUGCACAAAGGAAUAGUUUACCUCAAUCAUAAAUAAGUUGUCAAACAACAAGAAAACGUUGUCUAGUCCAUUGAGAAGUCCAGGACACAGGCACCAUGACCAGUCAGUAGAAAGGCAGUAUUGCAGUUCUCUGUGGGGUCGGGAUGUUUACACAGUGACCAGUCGUGUCGGACGAGACUCCAGCUCCACAGUGAGAAACAAAAGACAAUCGUGAUUGAUGCGCCAUGGAGGGCGGGAACGAAGUGGAUCUGUCCAACAAUAACAUCAGUCCGCUGUGGAAGCGGCAAUCAGCCAAUCACACUGGUCCCAGCAAGCUAAAGGCCCGGCCCCUCAGCUACCAGAUAGACAGACUCCACAUGACUGACUUCCCCGUAGAGGACAACAAGUGCAGCUUUACCCUGAGUCAGCCUGCAGAGCGACUGGUGGCCACGCCGGGAGGAGGGACGGUCAUUCUGAAGCACGUUCUCAACCAACCCACCAGGAGAACACGGGUUGUCAGGAGUAUCAGCAUUGGACAUCUGUCCAAAGGACGUUUCUCUCUGUCCAAGUUCAAGUCGGAGGAUAAGUUUUCGUCAUUGGACAAUAAGGCGUACCAUGGUGGAAGUGUUGGUCAAAUCGGUAACAAGGAGAAGGUGUGGUCAGACAAGCGGCCACGCGAUGCCCUGAAGCGACUCUCCAGUCCGUUCACCCUCACCUCUCACAGAGACCAGAUAGUGUUUGGAACAAGUUCCUCACUGCCGGACCCUGCCUCCUCCAGUCACCCCUCCCCCCCUGCCACCCCCAAUAACAACCACCACCAUAACCUGACCUCCUCUUCUUCCUAUCACCCCUUAACCCCUCACCCUUCUCCCCCUAGUCUCCACACCCCUACCCCAUCUCACAGCUCCACCUGCAGUAUCUCCUCCCUCACCUCCACCUCCACCCCUUCUGACCCCCCCACACCCCGCAGCCCCUCCCCUGCUGACAUGUCUGCCCCCUCCCUCUCUCCUCCUCCCUCCAUUGUCCUCAGCACCCACAGUGCAGCUGCCCUGAAGAUGGGCACACAGCAGCUGAUCCCCAAAGGGCUGGCGUCCCUGAGCAAGGCCUCUCCUGCUGGGGUACAGAGCCAGGGCCUGGGGGGUCUGCUGGGCCUGGAUCCUACCAAGCGGGCCCUACGAGCUGUCAGCAUGGUGGAGACUGGAUCCUUCUUCUCCACGGACGGAGGGGGAGAGGGGACAGACCAGGAUGAGAGCCCUGGGAGUCUGAAAAGGGGGUUGAGGUCUACCUCGUACAGGAGGGCAGUGGUGAGUGGAGUGGAAAUGGAAAUACCAUCUGUAGACCCAAAGACCCAUCUCCUGUCCCAGUCUGUACUCAAAGGACUACAGGAGGCCAAGGAGACACCGACCAGCCCUGGGAAGAAGAACAAGAGGCCGGAUAAGAAGCCAGGGCUGAUCACACAGAGGACUUUUGACAGGGAAGAGGAGGAACUGUAUCAGAACUACCAGGAGAAAGCUCUUCACAAUGACUCUGAUGAGGACCAGUCCAGAGAGCCCAAACCUGACGAGGGCAUCGUGGUGCAGUACAGACCCAUACGCACCUCGUGGAGCCAACUCAGUGUGGCCAUAUUUGAGUUGAUAUCGUCAGAACACUCCUACCUCCACAGUCUGGAGGUUCUGAUCCGGAUGUUUCAGAACUCAGCGGAGCUCAGUGACACCAUGACCAAGACCGAGCACCACCACCUCUUCUCCAACAUCACAGACGUGUGUGAGGCCAGCAAGAAGUUCUUUAAAGAGUUAGAGGACCUGCACCAGCAGAACGUUGUUAUAGAUGACAUCAGUGACAUCGUGUUCAGACACGCCCAGUCCAACUUUGACCCCUACAUCACCUACUGCUCCAAUGAGGUUUACCAGCAGAGGACCCUACAGAGGCUAGUUAGUAAGAGUCCAGUGUUUAAGGAGGUGUUGACUCGUAUUGAGGGCCACCCAGACUGCAGGAACCUCCCAAUGAUCUCCUUCCUAAUCCUGCCAAUGCAGAGAGUCACCCGUCUGCCUCUGCUGAUGGAUGUCAUUUGUCAGAAGGCUUCUAAAGGCUCAUCUCAGUAUGAGGCCUGUAAGAAAGCCCUUCAAUCAGUCAGCAAGGUGGUACGUCAGUGUAACGAAGGGGCCCGUACCAUGGAGAGAACAGAGAUGAUGUACACCAUCAACUCUCAACUGGACUUUAAGAUCAAGCCCUUCCCAUUGGUGUCGUCGUCUAGGUGGAUGGUGAAGAGAGGGGAGCUCACAGCCUUCGUGGAGGAGAACGGCAUCUUCUCCAAGAGGACGUCACGUCAUCAGGUCUACUUCUUCCUCUUCAAUGACGUCCUCAUCCUCACCAGGAAGAAGAGUGAAGACAGCUAUGCAGUGAUAGACUAUGCUCUGAGGGACCAUAUCUGGGUGGGACCCUGCCAGGCUCAGGAUAUCAACCUAUCACCCAUCAGAACCACCGCUGGAAUGCUGACAUCACGGCAUCCCGGGGCCAGCCACCUCUUCCGCCUGUGUUUCCGUAGCAACCAUUCCGGAGACAAGGUGCCCAUGGUCCUGGGGGUGGAGCUAAUGAAUGAGCGAGCUCGCUGGAUCACUGCUCUGGGUCAGAGCAGCAACGACGAGAAGAACCAAGACCGGACCAAUGCCAUGCAGGUGGUGGUGACGAGGACGUACACAGCCAAGCAGCCUGAUGAGCUGUCACUGCAGGUGGCUGACGUGGUCCUGGUGUCACAGACUGUGGAGGAUGGCUGGUAUGAGGGCGAGCGACUCCGUGAUGGCGAGAGGGGUUGGUUCCUGUCAGAAUGUGCUGAACCAAUCACGUGCCAGGCCACUAUUGAGCGCAACGUGCAGAGGAUGGACCGCCUCCAGGGGCUGGAAACCAAUGUGUGAUCCGGAACUGCAGGCUCCACCCACUAAUUACACAAGCCUGUUCUCAGACAGACCAAUGAGUGAUCUGGAACUGCAGGCUCCACCCACUAAUUACACAAGCCUCUUCUCAGACAGACCAAUGAGUGAACCGUAUGCCAACGACGGCCUUGUUGAGCGGACCAUCACUGAAUACACCAGUGAGCUGCCUUCAAGCACUGUCAACCAAUGAGAGAGCUGACUGACACUAAAUGCACCAAUAUAAUCUCUCCGUGGGUCAACAGACAAAUGUAUGUGUGAGCCUUGCCUGCUGCGUGUAUCUGUUAGAAUGUGGUUUUAGAUUGUUGCCCAUGCAGUGUAACGUUCUCCGCCUUCUACCGGUCUGUACCGUAAGGAAAUCUGACCCUAUGACCUGUCAACAACACUCUGAUUCCUCCCCCUGAUGGGAGAUUGGCCAACCACGGUCUGUGUAACUGUUGUUUUGGGGGGUUUUUUCACUCCGAUGGACACACACAGAGGACGUGCUGGGGUCAAAGUUCAAAACUGCCACGUACAGAGUGGACACCUAAUGUAGGACGGCGCAUUCAAACUGAUCUGGACACAGAUUCAUUUGAUCUGAAAGACUCCCCAGGAGUUCCCAUGAAUGAAACGUACCCUCUCUACUACAUAGUAACUAACCAUUUAUAUGAGCCAAACAACUAUGUUGAUGAUCUGUGUAUAUAUUUGUUUUAAUUGUCAUUUUUUUCUUUUUAAAAUUCCUGGUUGUCCUGGUGUGAUGAGA